AUGUCAAGAAUUGAUGGAUACAGUCUUAAGGACGCCCAGGCACUCGUUGCAUUUAGAGCCACAGUCUGGUAUGAUCCACUUAAUAUUUUCGCCAGCUGGCAUGUCACCGGCGUAGUAGGCGAGCAUGCCUGUAACUUCAAGGGCGUUGAAUGCGAUAGAAACCUCUACAGAAUCAAGUACGUGGAUAUUUCGGGGUGCCAGCUGCGAGGAAUUGUGCCUGCAGUUCUUGGCAACAUAACACUCGCUUGGGGAUUCAACCUUAGUAACAAUGAGUUUAUGGGGCCUAUUCCCAGAGGCUUUGGCAGAAUGCCAAAUCUCAAGUAUCUUGAUCUCAGCAACAACUUGCUUACUGGAGGCAUGCCUCCCGAUGUUGGUAGGCUGCGUUACGUAAGGUAUUACAGCCUCGCAAAUAACCUCCUCAGUGGCUCGCUCGGCUGGCUCAACAUAACCUGGUUAAAUCACCUCGACCUUUCGGGCAACAGUUUUAGGGGAUCCAUUCCGGUUACCUACGGUGCGUUGCUGAACAACAUUAGUUAUUUAAACUUGGCAGAAAACAAGCUCGUCAGUCGGAUACCCGAAAACAUUGGAUACUUACCAAACCUUCGCUGGCUCGACCUUUCAGACAAUAAACUGACCGGCAACAUUCCUUACUCCCUCACCAUAGCAACACAAAUCAAGAAGCUAAGGCUCAUGAACAACUCACUUUCUGGUAAAGUCCCAGACACGCAAACCAUGCGAUUGUUUGCCAUGACAGCGUUUUUCCCCGGGAAUGAUGGACUUUGUGGAUCAGUACUGGGUAAAGAGUGUAGUCCUUCGGGCUUGUGGAAGAAAAUUGUGAUGGGUAUCUUUCUUCCAGCUCUCAUACUUUCGGUGCUUACAGGAAUCUUGCACGUCGUGAAACCUCCGGACGAGUAUUCGCUGCGAACCAUCAGGAGGAUCACUGAUAAUUUCAACAACAACAAGAUUCUCAGUGUGGGAGGCUUGUGGACAAUUUACAAGGGAGUCUUUUUCAAUGGUAAGACAGUGGCUGUUAAGAGGGUCCGUCCAGAGUAUUAUAACGGCGAGGGGAAACUUUUUGAAGAGGAACGCAAGUUCCUCAAGGCCAUGAGUCAUCCCAACGUUGUUAAGUACCUUGGAGCGUGCUCUACCCCGAAGCUCAAGGUUUUGGUAUACGAGCAUAUGUCCAAUGGAAGCUUGGAGAUGCACCUACACAAGGAAAGAGCAGGCAUUUCCAGCUUGUCAUGGAGUUCGAGAAUGGAUAUUGCUGCUGGAGUAGCUCAGGGAUUAGCGUACUUGCAUGGGGAGUGGAAAGAACCUCAAAUGCAUUGCGAUCUCAAUGGCAGCAGUGUUUUGCUCGAUGACAAGUUCAACGCACGCAUUGCUGAUAUCCGCUCAAAGAACGCCAGCAAACAUUUCACUAGCCUAGAGACCAACAUUGGAAGGUCAACCGGAUAUCAUCCUCCGGGUGAAAAAUGUGAUUUCUUUUUUAUGACUUGUUUCUCACUUAUAAUUUUGGCCUUGCAUUUCAAGGGUGGAGCAGAGUAUUCGAUAACAAAUGAGCCUACCCCGGAAGGCGAAGUUUUCAGCUUUGGAACUUUGCUUAUGGAGCUCUUGACAGGAACAGAAGCGGCUGGUCCAGUGAAAAAUGGUGUGAAAGGAGGGCUUCAAGGAAUCAUGGACAGAGCAUUUCCCGAUAAUAUCCAGUCUGUGCUCGACCCAGCUAUACUAAAUGGCGCGUCCCAUGAUCAAAUUGUCCUGUGUACUAAAAUUGCAUUAGAUUGCACAAGGACAAAUCCCCAAGAACGACCCAAGAUGGAGCAUAUUCUUGGCAUGUUUGAGCGAGCAUAUUCUACCGGCCCAGCGUAA